ACCUGUCCAGGUUCUGCCGGCCCCAGCCGGAAGCUUACUCCGCGGAUUGUGCACAGUUCUUGAAGGUGGGAACAGAAGAGAAGGCCCGGGGGGGCCGGGGAGGGGGUACCCAGGCUCUGCACAGUACCCAAGGGGCUCCUGGCAGCAGGAAGGAAGCUACACAUCAGAGUUGGGGACUUGUGCCCUGGGGCUGCCUGGCAUCUGGGGGCCUCCUCAGAGCCAGGGCUCUUUCUGGUUGAGGCUGAGACUCACUGGUGUCAUCAGGCCCCUCCAUGAAUGAGACAAACAAAACACUUGUGGGGCCCUCGGAGCUCCCCACAGCGUCUGCUGUGGCCCCUGGCCCAGGCACUGGGGCUCGGGCAUGGCCUGUGCUGGUAGGAUUUGUGCUGGGGGCUGUGGUCCUCUCGCUCCUCAUUGCACUUGCUGCCAAAUGCCACCUCUGCCGCCGAUACCAUGCCAGCUACCGGCACCGCCCACUGCCUGAGACAGGAAGGGGAGGCCGCCCACAGGUGGCUGAAGAUGAGGAUGAUGAUGGCUUCAUCGAGGACAAUUACAUUCAGCCUGGGACUGGCGAGCUGGGGACAGACGGUAGCAGGGACCACUUCUCCCUCUGAGCUCCCAUCUUUGGACCCUCCCCACUCCCUCCAUGCCUGACAGCUUAGGGACAGUGGUUAUGACAUGGGGGCCUCGAACCUCAGGGACAGAGGUGGCUGGGGCUUAAAGGCUGGCCAGGGAUGGAGUAAACCCCACUUCCCUGACACUAGCCAGCAAAGUGACAAUGACCCUCUCUUGCUUAAUAACUCUCAACUGUUCCCUGCUGUUCUCAGGAUAAAGCCAAACAAAGGCUUGAGUGUGGACAUAAGGCCCUCUGUGAUCAUGCCUCUUGGCCUCUUGGUUUCUUUUCUUGCCUUCCCCUACUUUACUCUCGAAAUAAAUGUUAUUCUCCCUCCCACCACUUCACACAGUUUCCCCAGGCACCUUUGCUCACAUUGGUCCCCCUGCCUACGCUACUCUUCUCCUAAAUCCUCUAUGACUGUGAUGGCCUGCCUACCUGCCAGCAUUUCAAAUAUGCCCAGAUGGUAACAUUUGUGCAGGUGAAAACCACUGCCAAGCUUCUUUUUUUUUUUUUUUUUCCUGAGACAGAGUCUCACUCUGUUGCCCAGGCUGGAGUACAAUGGCACAUCUUGGCUCACUGCAACCUCUGCCUCCUGGGUUCAAGCGAUUCUCCUGCCUCAGCCUCCUGAGUAGCUGGGAUUACAGGCAUCCGCCACCACGCCCGGCUAAUUUUUAUAUUUUUAGUAGAGACGAGGUUUCGCCAUGUUGGCCAGGAUGGUCUCGAACUCUUGACCUCAGGUAGUCCGCCUGCCUCGGCCUCCCAAAGUGCUGGGAUUACAGGCGUGAGCCACCAUGCCCGGCCAGCUUCUUAAUGAAAUAUUUUCCUAUAAAUAAAGUGGGUAAUCCGGUUAUAAUAUGUUUUUCACAGGAAUUAAUAAAUCUAUUUUCAUUUUGAAUAAAAAUAAAA